AGCAGCAGCAGCAGUAGCGUAUAUGCUACAUUACUGAAUGUAUAUCUAAAGUUUUCCAGCAGCAUAGUGACAGAUCUACACAGCACAGUGAGUGAAGUUUCUCAAGAUGGCUGACGAUAUUUAUGCCAAACCACAUAUGUCAAAGAAGGUAAGAUACAAGAGAAAUGUGCAGGAAGACAAAGGAGAGUGGGAGGAAAGGGAGGUGGAAAUAUACGAGAGCACAGACGCCAUCAGAGACGAUCACGCUGAUAAUCAGUCACACGGAGCAGGACCAGACACUGAGAGACGUCCUCCAGCCGUCCAAAGGAAGACUUUCAGGGCUGCAGCAGUCUGUCUGGCAGUGCUCUGCUUCCUGAUGAUGACAGGAAUCAUCCUCUUAUCCGUAUACUUCACUUUGCUGCAGACCAGAUACGACCAACUGAGCAACAACUACACUCAGUUACAGGAUGAAGUAAAGCAGCUGAAGGACAGAACUGAAGACACUUUGCUGCAGACCAGAUACGACCAACUGAGAAACAACAACACUCAGUUACAGGAUGAAGUAAAGCAGCUGAAGGACAGAACUGAAGCUACUUUGCUGCAGACCAGAUACGACCAACUGAGCAACAACAACACUCAGUUACAGGAUGAAGUAAAGCAGCUGAAGAACAGAACUGAAGUCACUUUGCUGCAGACCAGAUACGACCAACUGAGCAACAACUACACUCAGUUACAGGAUGAAGUAAAGCAGCUGAAGGACAGAAUUGAAGUUCUUAAAGUCUGUCAUGAUGGAUGGACGAGAUUUGGAUGCAGUUGUUACUUUAAAUCUAAAGAAAAGAAGGAUUGGGGGGACAGCAGAGAUGACUCUGAGAAGAGAGGAGCAGAUCUGGUCGUCAUUGAUAACAAAGAGGAACAGAAGUUUGUCUCUGAGCUGAGUAACGGAGGAGAGUCCUGGAUUGGUCUACGGUAUGAUGGGAAAGAAUGGAGAUGGGUGGACGGAUCACCGCUGACAGAAACGUUCUGGGGACCAGGACUGCCUCGCUAUGGCAGAAACCAACCCAGAAACUGGUCCUGGUACCCUGUAGCAUGCUGCGAUCAACAAGGGAAAUGGACACAGAGUUAUCAUUCUGAUUAUAAGACCUGGAUCUGUGAGAAAAAGAUAAUCUGAAU